AUGUCUGCCCCAACAGCUAUACAGGAGGAUAAAAUUGUUCCAGACACCACUGCUUCAACUAGUGGUGUUCAAAAAGUGAUUGUUGACGAUGAAGGGAAACCAAGAUUUGCUGCUCAAUCCAAAACUGGCAGUUCCAGCUCAAAAUCACUCUAUAGAAAAGUCCAGAUAUCCCAACACAGAUUCACCCCGUUUAAGAAUAACUGGGUCAAGAUUUAUCCACCAUUGAUUGAUCAUCUUCAUCUCCAAGUCAAAUUGAACCCAAGUAAACGUACCGUCGACAUGAGAACACAUUCCAAAACCCCUGAUCCACAAACUUCAUUACAAAAAGCGGUUGAUUUCUUGACUGCUUUCAAUUACGGGUUCGAACUCAAUGAUUGUAUUUCCUUAAUUAAAUUGGACGAUUUGUACAUCCAAACUUUUGAAGUCAAGGAUGUCAAGACUCUUACUGGGCAACAUUUGAGCAGAGCGAUCGGGAGAAUUGCUGGUAAAGACGGGAAGACCAAGUUCAGCAUUGAAAACUCGACAAAGACAAGAAUAGUAUUGGCUGACAGUAAGAUCCACAUCUUGGGUACUUUCACCAACAUUAACAUGGCCAAGCAAUUUGUGGUGAGUUUGAUUUUGGGUACUCCACAAAACAAGAUUUACAAUAAUUUGAGAGUUGUCAGUUCGAGAAUGAAGGAAAGAUAUUGA